CUUCCGUCGUCAACAAGCAAGCGAGCCCUGCUCCUUGCAGUCGUUCUAGAUGCACGCGCAUUCAAUCUUUAUUAUCAAAGCCAUCCGCCCACAUGGCUGACAAGAGAAAAAUCGCCGAGCUCAAUCGGCCAUCUCUCCCGGCAACACUCCUGGUAACGCCCCCAGAGACAGUAUAUCCCGCCUCCACCACACCGUCUGUGGGCUUGGCCGUCUCGGGCGUCGAUAAGAUUAUCGCCGAAAUUCGUAAUCGUAUCUGUGGCCAAGCCGAGGUCGAAGAGGAGUGGUACGACUACUUCCCUCAGCUCGCCAAGUUCGUCUUGCGAAUGCCGGGCACUGUCCACGAAGCCGUUAUCGGAGCAUUCGAAGGCCUAUUUCUUGCAGAUGACUACAUCCUGGGUUCAAAUGGGUUAACCCAGGCUGUUAUCGGGAUCGACCUUAUAUACCAGGGAAAGGAAGCAAGAGUGAUAGUAUGGCGACCAAAUAAGACUAAGGAGAAGGGAGAAACGACCCUUAUAAUAAAAGAGACCUUCAAGGGUACCUUUCGCGAUGCAAAUGGAAAUUUGGUCAAUGGCAAAAAGAAACUCCAGAUCUGGCUGAAGGAUUUCAGUAAUCAGCUUGAUUACUCCGAGAUCCGAAAGGUUCAAGGGGAAAUUACCAUCUCCUUUACUCAGUUAUAUGAGUUGGUUCAGGAGAGUGAGGCUUUCGAGCAGGCACUAAAACGGAGGCGGGGGUCAGAUGAGGUUCUGGAGGGUAGAAGUAGGCAAAGGAUGGUCAAGCAGAAGUUGGUCCGCCCGUCGCAAGAGAAACUCGGAUCCACAGACAAAAAACGAUUCGAGGCAAUGGAGGAAGAGGCUGAGAAGCAGCUCAGCGACCAGGACUAA